AGCGGCGCAAGAGAGCGGAGCGCUAAAGCAGGCCGCAGGCGCUGCCCGAGCCCACACAAGGCGCCAUGGAGACCACCCCCGGGUCAACCAUGGCCGCCCCGCCCUUAUCGGAGGGCGGCACGACGACCUACCGCGAGCUCAAUAGGGACAAGACGCGCCUGCCGCGGUGGAUGGACGACGUGAUGCACCGGAAGCCGCGCUGGGCCUCCGACGCGUACAACGACGAGCCCGCUUCCGUCACGGAAGGUGUAAGGACUCAAAGAGCUAGGCAUGCCGCGGUCUUCGAGGAGCUGCGACGGCAAGUGCGCGUGCACUCGCCCCAGUUGUCGAAGCUGCUCGGGAAAGUGUGGCUCGGCGAGGACGAGCUCGUGAAGAAACUUUGUGUGGAGGCGGACAAGGUCCACGAUACGAUCGUAUCGAGUCAGAAGGAGCGUUCAGAAUUGAUCAAGCAGUCGAAGAAAGCACUGUCUAUCGUUGAGAGGCAAUUGGCCGACGUCAAGUAUGAGCUAGCUGUAUCGAAAGCCACUUUACGUGAAAGAGAAGCGGAGUGCGCGUCGAACAAGUCCCUCGUGGAAAGUCUCAACGAGGAGCUCGGAGCUCUGCGGGAGCAAGUGGGCAAAUACGUCGAGGGCCACGUCGACGACAUCGGGGACCGGUACGAAGCUUUGAAGGCUGAGAGGAUGAAGCUCAUGACGGAGGAGGACCCUGCCACGGGCGAAGCCUAUCCCCUCGCCGAGAUCGAACGACUCGCGAAGAAUCGCCUGCAAGGCGUCUUCGAGAUGAACGACGAAGUGGACGAGAUCCUCGCGAAGUGCCAACGCAGUCACGACUCGCUGAAGCAUGGUCUGAGGGAUCUGACGGGAUUGGUCGCUAGUGUCGACCCCGACGACUUCCGCGUGUCCAAGUCCUACAAACUCAAGAAGAAGCCGUCUACUGACGUUGGUUGUCAACAUGUUACGAUUAAGGUGGAAGGUGUUCGUGUCAAUAAAUCCUUACCACCACCUGUUGUUGAGGAGCCGGCGGAAGAAGGUCUCACGAUGCCUCUGUUGCUGCGGAAGCAGAUGUGCGAGUUCCCUCCCUCCCAAAGGAUACCGUCGUUGCAAGCUACUUUGAGACUUAUAUUAUCGUUAUAUCUGGAAAAACUCAUGUAUGACAAGCUCUGCGACGCGAACCACAAACGAAGGGUGGAACUGGGCGCGUUUCCCCACAAAUAUCUACUGAAGAAGUUCGGGCUGCAGAAUUUGGCGGACGAGCAAUGUACGCAGCUCGUGGCCGCUGUCGCGUACCACAAGGACGAGUCGAAGCGAGUUAGACUAUUUGGUGAGUAUUUAGGGAUGGGCGACUUCGCGAGGCCGCCGGUCUAUGGCGUGCGCGAUGGGAACUUCGUCUUCGGUAUUUUGGUCGCUUUACGCAAGGCGAACGAGUUCACGGAGGCGGUUUGUAGCGGCGUCCGUUCACGAGUCGACGCGAGUCGCGCGUCGCGUCGAUGGCGUCAAGAGUGGCGGCAGCAGUCCGGCCGACGCUCGCGCUGGCGCCCACGCCGUCGCCGCGACGGCAUGCCACAGCGAGUGUGUCGACACGACGUACGCCAUCGACGCGUCGACGAGGGGAUUCCCACGCGUUUGACGCACACAGGUCCUCCAGGACAAGGACCAGCAGAUCGACAUUAACCGGAAGAAAGCUGUUGAUGUGAUGCGGGCGUGCUUUAAGCCGAUCCUGCCGGACCAGGGCGCGAAACUACUACACCGAGUGCAGAACCUACCCCCACCUAGUGUGUCGAGAAAUCCGAAGUGCAUCGAUCUCGACGAUCUCUUAGAAUUAACCCACAACACCUGGGCAACCACGUCAAGGAACUGGCGCACGCAUCUCGAGUUCUUAUAUGCACGACAUGCCAACCUCUACCGAGUCAAGGAAGAAAUGCGUUUCGCGAAUGACAAUGGGAUACUGUCGCAGGACGUCAUCCUGGUCCAAGAAGAACGGGCGAAGAACUACACGCUGCGAGAUGCGCGUAGACCUCUCUACGACCUCCAGCAACAAGGCGACGUCGUGUCGCAGCUGAUGAAGGAACGGGCGUCGAUGGACGACGACGAUCUCCACGGCAAGAAGCGGCCGGAGCUGGUGGCGGCCAUGCCCUUCGAAGCGUUCGAUGCUUGUAUCCGGGAGAUAGAUCCCUAUGUCGAGGAAAAUGAUAUUCGAAGGAUUUUUGACGAUUGUAAAAAAUUACAAACGCAUCGCAUCGAGACGUCGUUCCGGGAAUUAUGGGUCAGACAUGAACUUGUUGAUGGUGUCGCGAAUAUCAACCAGCCUCCGGAUGAGGAACCGGUCCUCUCGAAAUUGAUGCGAGGCGUGGAACCUUCGUUCGAGACCACGCGGAAGAUGAAGGCGUUACCUCGCAUGAAAUCGCCGAAAAAACGCAAAGAAGGUUUUGAUGUCCCAAGGGCGGAAGAUCCCGAGGACCCCCACGCGGCCUACUUCUGGUACAGCAAAGAGUUCGAGACGAGCGUCUGGACGCCGCCGUGGGACCCGAAGCUGUUCGAGGUGCAGGAGGUCGAGCGGGACGUGUUCUUGGAGGUGUGCUUGGACGAGUUCUUGCUUCCCAACUCGCCCUUUGGCUCAUUAUUGGACAAGCUGCCGACGGACCUCUGGCCGAACGCGGAGGCGUACCUGGAGCAGCUCGAGGGGGGCGAGACGCUGUUCUAAGUUACUAGUACUGAACGAAGA